GAUAACUCUAGUUGGAGAAAAAUGGCCGGCACAAUGCAAGUAGAUGUCGAUGUCGUUUUAUAAAUGAAAAUCAUUAAGAGCGUGUUACAAAGGUCUGGAAAUCUCUUGAUCUAUAUUUUCUGAUGGGGUAUGGUUGUAUACUUUAGCGAUGGAGGGUAAUGAAUUAAAAAAGAUUCCAUUGACUGAGAUGAAAACUGACUAUGACAGAUCUACCAAAACACUCCAUGAGUUAAAAAAAGAACCAAAUGAGAGCUCUGGUAGCAGUGCAACUGUAAGCUCAGACAAUGGCAAGGAAGGCCGUGUACAUGUACCUUCAGCUGAAACAAGUAAGGGAGACUACUCAGACAGGGCGAAGCACAGUGAACUGCUGCAUAUAGGGGAGUCCAUUAAAGAGCGAAUUAAAGCAGAAAUGAAGGCAUCAGUAAUUAAAGGCCCAAGGUCUCAGGAAGAUGAGCGGACAAGGUCAGAUAUAGUGGAUGAAAUGUUUCGAGACUUCCUGGCUGAGAAGAUGGAACUUGUUGAGAAAGAAUAUGUGCGAAAGCGCAAGUUGGAUGACUCAACCAAAACCACCUCCGUAUCUGAGGAAACUGCCUGUCAGAAGAAGUCCAAAAGAGACAGUGAUUCUUUAGUUAGAGAUACCAAGCACAAACUGAAAGAAUCAAAAUCAAAGUCUUCCCAGUCUAAAAGAACGUCAAAAUCCGUUUCCUCUGUAGAUGAUCAAAAUGCAGGUGUAGAUCUCCCAUCUGAGGCCAAAGUUCAUGUGAGAGCUAUGACAAUGGCUUUGAGAAAUUUAGCUGAAACUGACCCAUUUGAAACUGCAUCUUCAGGCACAGAGAAAUAUGCACCUGUUGCAACUACAGCAGCAGUGCCUUCUACUGUACAACCAGCUCACCAAACUGUAGGCUCAGGUCUCACAGAGGGAAAGAAACCGGUAUUACCUUUGAAAAUAUCGUCAGCUAGUGCCAGUCGUAUAUUAUCAGGGGAGACAACUGUACCAGAGGCGAAUAGAAAGAAGCAGCUUGAAGAAGGAGAGGUUAUGUCCUCGGGGACUGAUGACACAACUGAUGAUGACAGUGACGAAGGAGAGGAUGCUAAUGGUAAAAAUGAUAAGGAUGGUGAACCAUCUGAAACAGGCAGUAUUAGUGACUCUGACGCAGAGAAAACUAGCACAUCCAAGCCUAAAAAAAAGAAGAAGAAACACAAACAUAAACACAAGCAUAAGAAGAAGAAGAAAAAGAGCAGCAAGAGUUCAAAGACCAAGAAAAAGAAGUCAGCCAGAUCCAGAUCUCGAUCCUUGUCACCCAGAAUUCGUAAACAUUCCCGCACCCGUUCCCCCUCCCCUGGGCGUUACCGGGAUCGCUCUCCCCUCAUGUCAGAUAGUAAGUGGGUGGCAGAGACGGGGAAGCCUAUUGGUCUUCUGUCAAGGUCCUACAGGGAGCGUCACGGUUUGUCAGACAGUAAGUGUUCAAGACGAGAGACGAGGGAGAGAAGUCGAGGACGGGACAGACAUGAUGAUGAUGUCAGGGAGAAGAGACGAGAUUCUGAACUGCAGAUUGACAAGGCUAAAUUACGAAAGAUUGCCAUAGCUAAUGCAGUCAGUAUGAUGAAGACUGGUGGCUCAGGCCAAGCCAGUCUGGGGUCUGAUACUCUAGUCAAGCUGAAGGCAGGAGGCAAGUCUGUAGAGGAACUUACAGACUACUGCAAGAAAAUCAGUGAUCGUGACCGAGAGCGCCAGCUACAUCGACUUCAGAAUGCAGACGACUCUUUGUCAGACUCCUCCGAGGAUUAUGAGGGCGGGGCCAAGUCUGAGGAGGAGGACUUCACUGUCCAUCAUCCCUUCACUGUCAAGGAGGCCCCAAAUAUUGUUAUGAACAUCAGGAAUUCCAAGCAGUUGCCAACUUUGACUCCUCAAGAGAAAGUGACAGAGUCUGCCAAGCUGCGGCUGACCUUUCCCGUAUCCAGUGGGAGUCAGCACCGUGCCAAGGAGUCUGAGUGGGUGCCCGUUGAGAAAACAACAGCUGCUGCAGCUACAACCACCACCGCCGUCAUCACCACCAUCACCAAACCCUCAACAGCCAGUGUUCCACAAACCAUCACACAGACCACUGACUCAGUGACACCUGCUGCAACAACAACAACCAUCACCACGGCAGCAGAGGCAGCUGUGGAGGUUGCCACGGUGACAGCCCAAGAUAAAGUCUUCCCAGAUCCUCCAAAGAUGCCAAUGGACAUUGGAAGGAUUGUGUCAGAGCGCCUGGCUGCUGUGCGCCGCCUACAACAAAACCCAAACGAUGUUCAGGCAAUUAGCCAGAUGCACACUGCUCAGAAAAAGGCGAGCCUAUGGGCAGAGUCUAAAGUGUUACCAGGCCAGUUCAUGGGCAGUACAGGGGCUACGAUCAUGUCUCAGCAGGAGUUGAUGGGGCCAGACAAAAAACGGCAGGCAUGGGCCAGAAAGGAGCAGUUAACCACAGCCGCGCCUCUCUCUGGUGGGCUUGGCAUGAUGAUGUUACAGAAACUGGGCUGGAAACAGGGAGAAGGGUUGGGCAAGAACAAAGAUGGCCCGCAAACCCCGCUUAUGUUAGAUGUCAAGGUUGACCGUAAAGGUCUGACCUCCCAAGAAGAGACCCAAAAGAAAACUGCUGUUUACAAACCACAGAAAGCUGCAGUCCGUGAUCUAUCAGGAAAACACCCAGUCUCUGCCCUGGUGGAACUCUGCAGUAAGAAGCGAUGGGGAACGCCAGAUUUUAUCCUGGUGCAGGAAAGCGGACCAGCGCACAAAAAGAGCUUUGUGUUCAAGGUUGGCGUGAAUGGUGUGGAGUACCAGUCUGCUGUGGCCAGUAAUAACAAGAAACAGGCCAAGGCUCAAGCUGCUACCGUCUGUCUACAAGAGCUGGGACUAGUGCCUAGAUGAGCAUCAUGCUGUCAAAGAGCUGGGACUAGUGUCUAGAUGAGGAUCAAGCUGUCUACAUGACCUGGGAUUAGUGCCUAGAUGAGGUUCAUUCAGCCAGUCUAGUCCACAUGAUCUGAGAUUAGUGCCUAGAUGAGGUUCAUUCAGCCAGUCUUGUCCACAUGAUCUGAGAUUGGUGCCUAGAUGAGGUUCAUUCAGCCAGUCUUGUCCACAUGAUCUGAGCUUAGUGCCUAGAUGAGGUUCAUUCAGCCUGUCUUGUCUACAUGAUCUGAGAUUAGUGCCUAGAUGAGGUUCUCUCAGCCAGUCUGUCUACAGGGACUGGGAUUAGUGCCUACAUGAGGUUCAUUUAUCCACAGUCCGUCUUCAACAGCUGGGAUUAGUGGCAGAGGUUCAAACAGUACAGCAGAGGCUAGGUUAAGGACAGUAUGCAGAGAGAAGCACUCCUGAAUAGUCAUGCAUUGGGUUAGCACUCAGAGCACAGUAGGCAUGAUGUUGUUUUCUCCCAGGGGUUUUCUCCCAGGCUCUGCCCGGUUUCCUCCCACCAUAAUGCUGGCUGCUGUGAUAUAAGUCAAAUAUUCUGGAGUACAGCGUACAACACUAAUCAAAUAAAUAAAUACGUGCUCACAGCUCAAGAGACCUCAUGGUGUACAAAAGAGAUCCAGAUUAUGCAUGUUACACGUCACUGUGAACUUACAUAUGGCAUUGUGAAUCGAGGUGAAGCUCUCCAAAGCUGUUGUGUUUUCCAUAACGCUAAGCAAUAGUGUUAACUAUUAAAGUUACAAAUGCCAGUGACAAAAGGAAAUAUAAUUUCAGUAUUCUUCACACUGUUUUUCUGAUCUCUUGUGUGUUUUAUACAUGUGUAUGUUGGUCAGUGUCACAAACUGAGGUUAAUGCUGAAUGGAAAGCCUUGUAUUCGAAGUUCAAAAUUCCUAAUCUCAGUUGUCUCUGUGCUUUGUAACAGUGUUACAGACUUUUCAAAAUUUAUUGAACAACUUUAAUUUAUGUUUAUCUAGGUCAUGAAUGAAGUAACUAAAACUGAAGAUCAAAAUGUGUGUUCCACCAAAAUAUAGUGUUUGUAAAUAGCUUAGUCAGGUUGUUUCUAUAAAAUUAUGAAAUUUGUGGUAGAAACAUUGUGAUGCUCAUAAAGGAGAUACAUGGAUAUCCCAUUCCCUGCAUAUUGAAGUUAUCUUGGGUUGGUAUGUAGCCAUGAUGGAAGAACAGCUGCUUUCCGAAUAAAACUUAUUUUAGAAACAAAACAGAUGUAAUUGUGAUGAUUGAACGAAGCUGUACAUUGUAAAUGCAAA